AUGGGUGCCCAAAUCUCUGUCGUAUUGUCCAACGACGUUAUACAGCUCGCCAAUGCCGUCUUCAACGGGCCUGGCGUUUCGGUAGUUGGCGCCUCACUGAAGAGUUACUAUCAGGUCGACACCAUAACUUAUAACAAGGGCAGCGCUGGCACAUUCACCAAUGGACCCUUUGGCAUAGGGUCUGGGGGAAUCCUGUCAACUGGCUGGAUCAGCGACGCAAAAGAUUCAUCUGGUACAAUAGACCACGAUACGGGUACAGACGGAUCGAUAUACUGUGGUUCAGGCUCUACCACAAACGGCGCUGUUCUUUCAGUUGAGAUCGUCGUUGGCCAAGGGUAUAACGGGUUAGCAGUUGAAUUUGUGAUUGGUACCGCGGAGAAUCUACAGGAAAAUGCGGACACUAUAGGCAUUUACCUGGAUGGCGUUCAGUAUGCGGUCGAUACAUCGAACAACAGAAUCACUGUCAACUCUGAAUAUCUCCAGCAACCACUUGGCGUAACAGACACCGAGUUUGUCCGCUCGACUAUGUAUGAUCACUCCUCACCACUUCUCCUCAUGGGUCUUGCGGCUUCCCCGGGUCGACAUUCAAUGGUCUUUGCUAUUUGCGACGCGAACAACGGACAGAAGGAUUCAGCUCUUAUGAUCAAGGCUGGAGCGUGUGUUGACUGUGCUGGUGACAUCAAACUGAACUAUAAGACGACUACCACCACGGUUGGCUCAACUUCAUUUGUUUCUACCAUCAAGCCUUUCAUUACAAACUCCGGAACCGUCGUUUACGGUGUUCCGGUAGAAGCGACCACGACAAGUGAAGAGGCUUAUAGCACUACAACUGCGGAUGUGACUUCAUAUAGUGAGGAAGCUACUAGUACUACCGAGGCUAUGUCAACAUCCGAAGAAUCCACAGUCGCCGAGACAACUACAACCGCAGAUGUCGUAUCUACAUCCACUGAAGUAUCUACGAGCGCCGAAAUAGCCACUACAACUGACCUGCCCACAACAACGGUAGUGUCAAGCGAGGAGCCCACGACGACUGAUGAUGCCUCAACUGAGACUGAGAACACAACGACAACCGUCAUGACCAACUCGGACCCAGGCAGUGAAACGUCUUCAACCAUGGAGUCUGACGCGACCACUACGAUAUUGACUUCACAAGACACAACAGUCUCCACAGAUGUUUCAGCAUCUCAAGUCUCUACAUCGACUGCUUCAAAUACUAGCGUCAACUCGGCAUCGACGACUGUUGCUCCUACUAUGACUUCCAGCCAACUGUCAAUCCCGGCUGCCUCAACAUUGACCACUGUCAGGAAACCAUGUCGCCCAUGA